UUCCUCCACUCCCCUCCACCCCCUUCAAAAACCCCGUCACCAUCCUCUUUCCCCUCUUUCUCCCAAACCCCCGCUGCUUUCCUUUCCAAACUACUCUCUCCUUCUCUCAUCUCUCCCAGCAGAGCAUUACAGAACAUUAAAAUGGCGGAAACGGCAGACUUAAAGACCGAGCACACAAACCCUCCAGAAGCAACGGAGGCAGGAAACAGCCAACCGGUGGCGGAUUCAGAGGCCGCCACCACAGCCACAAACACACCCAAGUGGCCUGGAUGGCCUGGAGACAAUGUAUUCCGCUUAAUUAUUCCUGCCGUUAAUGUUGGAAGUUUAAUUGGGCGAAAAGGGGAGGUUAUUAAGAAGAUGUGUGAUGAAACUCGAGCCCGGAUUCGUAUCCUUGAAGCCCCCGUUGGCACCCCUGACCGUGUGGUUCUGAUAUCUGGCAAGGAAGAGCCGGAUGUUCCUUUGUCCCCAGCAAUGGAUGCAGCAGUAAGAGUGUUUAUGCGAGUUAUCGGUGGUGGUGAAGGUGACGAUAAAGGUUCAGCAGCUAAUGCAGCUGCAUUUUCUUCAAUUCGGUUAUUGGUUGCCUCAACACAAGCUAUUAAUUUGAUCGGAAAGCAGGGAUCUACUAUUAAAACAAUACAAGAGAGCAGUGGUGGCGUUGUGAGGAUUUUGCCUGAAGGUGAUCUUCCUUCAUAUGCAGCUUCUGACGAAAGGAUUGUUGAAAUACACGGGGAGUCUUCUAAAGUUCAAAAAGCAUUGGAAGCAGUCCUUGGUCAUCUGAGGAAGUUUUUGCAUGAUCACAGUGUUGUGGCUGUGUUUGAGAAAACUUACAAAGGGACGAUCUCGCAGGAUUCUUUGGAAGAUAAAUCCCAAUCCUUGGCACAUAAUACCACAUCUCAGACAUUGAUUAGUGCUGAUCAUUCUCUAUCAUUGAAGCGGGAAAGUUAUUAUGACCGUGAAGCUGAGCUUGAUAUGAGAUUCCCUCGUUCUGCAGUGUCACUGUAUGGGUCAGAUCCGUCUCUCACUUCUCUUCAUUCUACGGGACUUACUCGUGGUGCUGCUCCUAUUAUAACUCAGAUAACACAAACGAUGCAAGUACCACUUUCUUAUGCUGAAGACAUCAUUGGAAUUGCUGGAAGAAAUAUUGCCUACAUCCGCCGUUCAAGUGGUGCAGCUCUUACCGUCCAAGAAAGUCAUGGUCGAGGUGAUGAGAUCACUGUAGAAAUUAAGGGCACUGCGACUCAGGUCCAGACUGCUCAACAGCUUAUUCAGGAUUCAAUUAAUGGGCAAAAGAUGGCUCCUUCUAGCUUGUAUGGAAAGAGUGAUUUGGGGUUGGGUUCUUCUGCUUAUUCACAUCUACCAGAAAGCACGUACCACCCUUCGUCCUUGUCAUCUUUAUCGUCCUACACAAGUCAAGGUCUUGGAGGAAGUUAUACUUCUGGCUUGGGAGGCUACAGUAGCUACAGGUUCUGAGUCUUUCUGCAACAACUACUGCAGUUGCAGAGUUGAUUUCGUUUUGUAUCUGUUAAGUUUGGUACUCCUACAUGUAUUAUUGGUUACUAGAUGAACUUGUUUUUAUUAGGAAAUUUUCAAGUUGAUAACCUUCUAAUCUUGUCAAAUGCAAUAGACAGAAGGUUGUGCUAAUGUGCUAUUCUGAACUGAACUGAACUUUCCUUCAAUCUCGUGCCUUUUCUGUUACCAA